AUGAUGGUAUUGGCCUCCGUGGAGCGAGCCCCCAAAGGCGCGCUGACGCUGUGCCCGGAGCGGCAGCUGCUGAUGCCCGGCGCCCCUGUGAUCUUCGGCUCCGGCGGUGACAUGGCCUCGGUGCGGCGCUGGUUCCAGGAGGCGACGGAGGUCACUGCCAGCGCCGCGGUGUCGCUCGUGGAUGCGCAGGUGAUGCUGGCGGAAGUGGACCAGAGAUGCAACCGGGAGGACGGGAGCGAAGGCCGCGCCCUGGGGGCCUAG